GGCAUGGCAUCCAACAGCAUCUUCGAUUCCUUCCCGACCUACUCGCCGACCUUCAUCCGCGACCCGAGCACCAGCCGCCGCUUCACACCUCCCUCCACGGCCUUCCCCUGCGGCGGCGGCGGCGGCGGCAAGAUGGGCGAGAACAGCGGCGCGCUGGGCGCGCAGGCGGCCGUGGGGCCCGGCGGGCGCGCCCGACCCGAGGUGCGCUCGAUGGUGGACGUGCUGGCGGACCACGCGGGCGAACUCGUGCGCACCGACAGCCCCAACUUCCUCUGCUCCGUGCUGCCCUCGCACUGGCGCUGUAACAAGACGCUGCCCGUCGCCUUCAAGGUGGUGGCUCUGGGGGACGUGCCAGAUGGAACGGUGGUGACCGUGAUGGCCGGCAACGAUGAGAACUACUCCGCUGAGCUGCGCAACGCCUCAGCCGUCAUGAAGAACCAGGUGGCCAGGUUCAACGACCUUCGCUUCGUGGGCCGCAGUGGGCGAGGGAAGAGUUUCACACUGACCAUCACCGUGUUCACCAACCCCACACAAGUGGCCACCUACCACCGAGCCAUCAAGGUGACCGUGGAUGGACCCCGGGAGCCCAGACGGCAUCGACAGAAGCUGGAGGACCAGACCAAGGCGUUCCCCGACCGCUUCGGGGAGCUGGAGCGCCUGCGCAUGCGGGUGACGCCGAGCGCGCCCAGCCCCCGAGGCUCGCUCAGCACCGCCGGCCCCUUCAGCAGCCAGGCCCAGACCCCCAUCCAAGGCACCUCCGACCUGAACCCUUUCUCCGACCCCCGCCAGUUUGACCGCUCCUUCGCAGCGCUGCCGACCCUCCCGGAGAGCCGCUUCCCCGACCCCCGGAUGCAUUACCCAGGGGCCAUGUCGGCCGCCUUCCCCUACAGCGCCACACCCUCGGGCACGAGCAUCGGCAGCCUCAGCGUGGCCAGCAUGCCGGCCACCAGCCGCUUCCACCACACCUACCUCCCACCGCCCUACCCGGGGGCCCCGCAGAACCAGAGCGGGCCCUUCCAGGCCAGCCCUUCCCCCUACCACCUCUACUACGGCGCGUCCUCCGGCUCCUACCAGUUCUCCAUGGUGGCCGGCAGCAGCAGCGCUGGCGACCGCUCGCCCACCCGCAUGUUGGCCUCCUGCCCCAGCAGCGCCGCCUCUGUCGCCACCGGCAACCUCAUGAACCCCAGCCUGGGUGGCCAGAGCGACGGCGUGGAGGCCGAUGGCAGCCACAGCAACUCGCCUACCGCGCUGAGCACGCCCGGCCGCAUGGACGAGGCCGUGUGGCGGCCCUACUGA